AUGAGGGCGGAAGUAGAUCGGAGAAAUCCUGACAAGUACUGCCAGUAUCACCGCACCCAUGGUCACGACACUAACAACUGCUACCAGCUGAUCAGUGAGAUUAAAAGGCUGAUAACGAGAGGACAUCUCCGAAACUUUGUGAAAAAACCUGAAUGGGAGAAACCUCAACAGAAUCCCGUAGUGGAAAGACCUCGGAGACUGGGAGCAGGACCAGUGAAUGAUGGUUCUAGCAGGACCUUUAAUAUGAUUGUCGGGGGGACCGGAGGUCGGAUGAACAGGAGAGGAAAAAAGAGGGGCCGAGAUGAGGAGGGAAGCAGCAGUGAAGUUCUGCAAGUAGUGGAACACUCCCCAGCCACCAUCUCUUUCUCCCCAGAAGAUGCCCAUGGCAUUCAGAUGCCUCACGAUGAUGCCCUUGUCAUUGAGGCCAUCAUCUACAACUUUCGAGUCCGGAAAAUCUUAGCUGACGAUGGAAGCAAGGUGAAUUUGCUCCCGUACAGAGUUUUCCAGCAGAUGGGGAUAUCAGAGGAACGAUUAGUAAGAGAUCAAGCCCCUGUGAAAGGAAUCGGAGGAAUCCCGAUAGCAGUGGAAGGGAAAGUAAUGGUAGCUCUAACCUUGGGAGAGUCUCCCCUAUCUCGGACUCACCACGCAGUAUUCUUGGCUGUAAAGCUUCCUUUGAGUUAUAACGCAAUACUGGGAAGGCCAAUGCUAUACAACUUUGAGGCAGUAACCAGCAUUAGGUACCUAACCAUGAAAUUCCCCACUGAGGCAGGGGUGGAGUAG